UCGCACACCUGCCACUUAUUAGCGGCAUGUGGGUCCCUGCCCGACCUUCGCUUUGAUAAAAAACACAACAUACGUUUGGAAAAUUAAAUAAAUAAAUAAAAUGAACUCUGUAGAAUAUUCGUUACUCUUGUUCAUAUUGGUGCCGCAUUCGUUUGGACGCUGCUUUGAUAUGUCCUUCUCAAUAUGUUGGGUGGGCACUGAGCAGUUUCUCGAAAGGCAAAAUGGAAACUUGUGGCUCAAUGACACAUCAUUAAAAACUGUCAUGAAGGCUGGAAGAAUGACCUCCCUCACAGUGUCUCCUGUUGUGGAAAACAAGUUGGCCCUCCAAAAUGGGGACUCCAUUCUGAGGUGGACGUUCACAAUCAGCCCACGUACAAAGGUUAUUAAAAUCACAGGCCGACAGGAACCUUUGGAGCAUCCAACAAAUGCCACUAAGGGCUUCAUGGCGGUGUUGAGUCCCAGUGAGGUGUUUGCAUGUGAAAGUGGCACAACAUUCCUCCUCCAGGAUGAAAACUUCUUUCUUGCGGUUGGACACACGUUGCUCUUCCCUGUCAAGCUGGAGUCGAGGAGUCCCUCCAUGUUACUGGUGUCCUGGGUGGAGAAAUAUUCAGAUGUCAUCAACAUCCACAACAUGAGUCUGUACCACAUAGAAAUGGGAUCUUACAACAUAUUCAGUGUGGACACAACCUCCCUCAACCACCACCGCUUCUCUGCUCUGGAGCCCUGCAGCCACUAUGUGGUCUGUGUGGAGAUUGCAGACACUCACUCCCUUACUUGUCUCUCUACCAUAACUGAUCCAGAUGUUCCACAGGAUUUUGUAGUUACAUCUUGGAAUAGCAGCAGCAUAUCGUUGGCCUGGAACUGCCCUUCGAAUCUGAAGUAUUCUCUUUUCCUCCUCACGGUCUUCUACCUCAACGGUACAGACCACGUCACAGAGGAGGUGGAGUUGUGGCUCACGGAUGAUAGCUUAGCAUUCCGCUUGUCUGACCUGCAGCCCUGCACCAGGGUGAAGUUUGGCCUGCAGACUGUCUGCCAGGCAGGGCUGGAGUCCCGGCACAGCAAGAUGAUCCUGACUGAUGGAAACUCUCUGUACUCCAACAUCCACUCCUUACAACAGACAUUGUAUGGUCCCAGUAACUACACCCUGAGCUGGGAGGUGGGGAACACCUCGUCUGUCUCCAUGUUCAGAGUUUACCAUGCGGGGGUGCUGCAGGGCUCCACACUGCUCACCAACUACACUGUGAUAGGACUGCUGCCAUGCCAAACGCACCAGGCCAAAGUGGAGGCGCUGUGUGGAGAAAAUGUGCUCAUGGAUGCCAAGACGGUCACAGCGCACACAGGACCUAAUGGUGUGUCUAAUUUGAGGUACCGCCCGGAUGACUCCACCAUCCUGUGGACACCCAGCAUCCCACAGCAGCCAGCUGUGGCCUUUAUAUACGAGUUGUCCCUGGAAAACGGUUCAACCAUCCAGAGCAGCCGUGUGUCCAACACACAGCUGCAUCUUCCAGGGCUGGAGGAGGGGAAAUCCUAUUUGCUCGAAGUGUGGGAGGAAUGCGAUGGCAAAUGGGAGUCUGAACCCUCACAGUUCAGUUUUGAAGGAGGCAAUUCAUCUUUUGAGUUCAGCGUGAGGGCGUUUGAAUCUGACCUACAGCUAGAGGUUGACUUUGACAACAUGGGUCUCACAAUGGUUGUGCCGUGGUCGAUGCCUAAAGAUCUGCAGGACAGCUCAUCAGAAUCUCGUGCUAAAAUGGAGCAGAUUGUCAAAGAUAAGCUGCAGGAGCUGCUGAAAGACUUCGAUCAGCCAGCCCGUAUCGAGGUGGAUUCCUUUGAACCUGCAGAGGAGCCAGGCAAAACGGAGGUUCUGUUUCAGUCUUUUGAUGCCUCCAUAACUGGGGAAAAAGUACUGCUACCUGUGAAUGAUCAGCUGAAUUACAUAGACUCCCUGAAUAGUCCAAACAUCACUGUUAAGAAGGGAGUUAUUUACUGGGAUGGUCCAGACCUGUGUACCUCUUCCAAGCAACCUUUGUGUCCUCAUAAUUCCCUGUGCAUCAACACUCUGGGCUGGUACUCAUGUGUGUGCCAGGUUGGAUACUAUGAUGUGAGCUCUAUAAUGGAUCCUCCUGCAGCUUCACGUCCACACUGCAAAGAUAAAGGGCUUUUCAGUCAGUGUCUGGAGAAAGUCAUGACUGGUGCAAUAGCUAAAGCUUACCUGACUGCUCACUUCGAGGGAAAGGUUGAGGUGAAGCUGAACGAUGGCCGGUGCAAUGUAAAUGAGAGUGAGGGACUGUACUACUUCCACACCUCACGGAAAUCCUCAGAGUGUGGAACAGAGAAACAGGUCAACAAAACCCACAUCAUGCUUCAUAAUAUUCUAGCCGUCAGUUUAACAAAAGAGGAGACGAUUAGUCGGCGGGACUUAAAAGUUGUCUGGAGGUGCAUCUACCCACGACAUUAUGCCCGCAAUGCUCAAGUCAUUGCUGAUAUGAAGUGGGUCUCUUCAAUUUUCUUGGUGGAGUUCAACUCAUCGCUGCUGCUGGGUCUGACCAUGACGCUGUACAAGGAUGAGUCUUACACCCACAGCUACAGCCAAAAAGUAGAUCUGGGAUUUGAGGACACCCUGUUCUUCCAAGUGGCCCUGCAGACCAACAGCUCUUUUGUCUCAGACGUGCUUCUACAGGUGGAGUCGUGCUGGGCCACUGAGAGCAUUGACCCACACGAUCCCAUCAAGGCUCUUCUUCUUGAGGAGGGCUGUCCUGCUGACAACACAUUCCACUGGCUGUCUGUUAACGGCCUGGAACAAAGAAGCAGAUUUUCCAUACAGAUGUUCAUGAUGCCCAAAGGUUUACCUCUCUUUUUCCACUGCCUGGCCAACAUAUGUGAACAUGAUGAAGACUGCACAAAGAACUGCAGUAACCAGCAGCGCUCCAAAAGAUCAGCGAACCAGAUGGAUGGACAUGGCAAACGAGCAGCUGUUGUGUCUGCUGGACCUCUCGUAGUCAACAUGAGGGUUAAGUCAGUCCAGCCGUCUUCCUGGUCAGAACACAUGACCAUGGUCUUCAUUGUGGCAGCAUCAAUAAGCUUUUUGGGAGUAACAGUGCUCUUGCUGAGCGCAACCAAAGCAAUCAUGAUGUACUAUGAGCAGUUACGGCUGCAAUAAAGUGUUUAA